ACUUUCCCUCCACUCAUGGAGGACAGCGUGCAGACGGCACUAAAAAAGCUCAGAAUUCACCAUGAAACACUCACCUCUACUACUUCAAAUUCUCAACCUCUCCCAUUCGAGCUCGUUGAUCAUAUUUUUGACUUGUACAUCAAGACCAGCUCGCCACACAUUGGCUGCCCGCCUCGUCGUGAUGGAAAAAUCAUCUCUCGAGAUCCGGGACCCCUUCUCCUCGCCAGCGUUUGUCGGGUAUGGCGGCGAAGGUGUCUUUUGCGACCCGCCUUAUGGUCGAAGCUCACUGUCUAUUCUCGCAAAAACGCCCCCAAACGCGACUACGAGCUUUCUACCAUCGUCUCCAUCUGGCUGCGUCGCGCACAGGACCAUCCUCUCAACCUUGCCCUCCAUCUCAACUCAGUUUUCACCGCUUCUGUGAAAACUGCCGCCACAGUUUUCGCCAUCCUACCGCACUUAGCAAAACAGAUAGAAACACUUGCUAUUACAAUUGACCGACGCACUGUCGACCAUUUCUACCGUGAAAUUUCGUUUCCGAUGUUGAAAGACUUCUCGUUGAUAAUAGACGAGGCCCAGCAUGAAGACGAAGAUGCCCUCCAUGAAUCGGCCCUUCUUGAUAACCUCAUCGCUCCUCAACUCACUUCAGCACGUUUGAUCCAUGCCUCUACGGAUUGGAUCACUCUUCCAUGGAGUCAAAUCACAAAAUUCGAGGCAGUCUACCGGGAGUUGUAUGAGAUCUCGCCACUGCUCGAACAAAUGCCAUUGUUGCAAGAAUUAGACUUUACUCUCAGACGCUCCGGCUUUUCUUCGGUGUAUCAUCAACCGGAUGUCGCUGGAAGGCUAAUCCCGAUGCCUGCCUUGCGCAUACUUCGACUUCAUUAUGCAUUGCCCCUCAUUCCCCGUCUUACGCUUCCUGCCCUCACGACACUCGAAAUUGAAAAUAUGGAAGAGUCAGAUAUUGGGAAGCUCAGCUUACUAGCCGAGCGCUCUACGUGGCCUUUGCAUGCCUUAUUUUUCGAAAGGACGUCUCCCGCCGCCAUCGUGGCAGGCCUGAAGGUGGCGCCUAUGUUGCACACGGUCGGGCUUGAUCUACGACUCGGCGCCGGAGACAAAGGACCACUAGUUGAAGAGGAUGUCAAUGAAGUCUUCGCAAUCCUGGGGAUGCCCAACCACCUACCCAACUUGCGUUCUCUCCGUCUAAUUUCCCCACCACUCUCCAGCAUUGAUUCAGUGGCUCCUGCCUUACAGGAACACAAUCAACUUGAGCUCUUGGACCUCUCCGUUGUCACAGUCGAAGGCGAUGUUACCGAUCUUUCCCGCGCCUUGACAUUGUUCCAAAGACCAACCCUCCGACUCAAGCUCCACUCUGCUUCGAAAACGCCUUAUUAG